AUGCGUGCUUCUUUUUAUGUUUCUCACCUAGACUAUUUUCUAAAAAGAAACCAACCAGCGCACCAGUACUCGUCGUUUUCGAUAAGCUAUCGUAUUUUCUCCCCAACUCUUCAAAACACAAUCGAAACAGCAGCACAAAAUCGCGACGCUAAUAACGUCGCCGAGCUAGAAAAGAAGAUCGAUCGUGAAUCCGAUCGUUUCGUUGAAGAUGUUACUGCACGUGUCAAUGGAAUACGAGAGCAAAUCAAGGCACGACGACCGACCGACGAUCAAAGUCCAGACUAUGCAGAGCGAAUGAAUCAAUACAAACAAUAUGUAUCACUGUCAUCAACCGGUAUUAAUCAAGUGACAACAUGGGUCAAUCGUAUAUUCAAAAAGAUCAUCGAUGUCAUCAAAAAUAUCGUUGAAUGGAUCAACGACAUGGCGCGAACAAUGAUCGGUAUUCUCGAAUUGAUUCGUAAUUCAUUUAAUGAAUUUAUUACUUCUUUUCUUAAAUAA